AUGAAGAUGAAUGGACCUCUUGGGCCCGAGGUUGAGGUGUUUGCAAAUGCACUCGAUGAUUGUCUCGCGCCUCAAGGCACAGUUGAGGAGAAGCAGGCAAGAAUAUUGAACCUGGUAAAUACGUACUAUGACUACUCCAAUGAAAGGUUGUCGCAGUUGCGCAAACAAGCUCGCCAGGCCUCAGUUGGCGAUACCGAGAUGGACUUGGACGACGACGCGGAGGCUGGGUCUACCGCUAGCUUGGAAGAAAUUCAAGAAUGGGAGCAAGAGAGACAGACAUGGGAUCUUGUUCGUCGCCUAAUCCCGCUAAGAUACUCUACACCAAAGUCGAAAAGUCAAAGGACUACGAGCGCCACGAAGAAGAACAAAGAGGGCAACGACCUUUGGGGUGCAUUCCUUGCAAACGAUGAGCUGGCCGUGGAGAGGAGGACCAUCCUGGAAUGGCUGCAACAGAGCGCAAGCAGUGGUCCCGAUCUCAACGACCUCGUUCGAGAACUACAACAGAACGCCGAUAGAGGAGAUAUUAUCGCUCAUGGCUGGAUACACACUAGGUCUGCCAUUAAGCUGCAGAAAGGCGUGAUCGGCUACGCGCGCCCGCUUGACGUCCAGUUUCCCGAAGUCGCACGCUCCCUCGUCAAUUCAGACAAGGCGCCACUUGUCGCCGAGCUGGACCCAGACUCUGUGACUAGACAGAGCCGGAAGCUGGAGCCUCAGGACGAGUACUUUGAGCGGGCGAUUUGGGUUGGUUGUUUCCAGCUCCUUCGGCGCGGCAGCAGUCUGGAGGCAAUUCGGGAGUGGUGCUUGGAGAGAACAGAGGUCUGGAGAGCCGUUUCCAUGUCUGCAUUACCCCUCGCUACCGACCACGGCGACACAAGCCUUGUGGAAGAUCCCGCGACACUUGCGCUCUGGAGGCGCAUGUGCUUCGCAGCGGCACGCCAAGGCGGCGUCGACGACAUCGAGAGAGCCGUCUACGGUGUGCUUUCAGGAGACAUUCCCAGCGUUCAAAAAGUGUGCAAAACCUGGGAUGACUUCAUGUUCAUGCACUACAACGCUCUCGUCCGCACACAACUCGACACAUUCGUUCUCGGUCAAUGCCCUCCUGAGGUAUCAGCUUCUCUUCGCUCAUCAUUCCCCGCUUUCGACGCUGUUCAGUUUCAUGGCGAUGCUACUACGCUAGAGCAGCGUUUGAUACAUAAACUCGAGACAAGCCCUCACACGAGCAAAGAAGCCCUUGAGCCUGUCAAGGCACUUCAAGCCGCUAUAAUUUCCAAGGAGCUAGAGCGACACUUUUACGAGCAGGGUGUGGCCAUCACGCUGAAGGCCAAUUCCAAAGAGUCUUCUAUACUCAUGCCCGAUGAUUUCUGCCGCGAUGUCAGCGUGGCUACUGAGAAGUUUGCAGACUUCGAGAGCUCUGGCCGUCUUCGACUUGCUGUCCAUGCACUCAUCAUCUUUGGCACCCUCGAUAAACUCGUUGACUCACCGCCGAACUCAGCAACGAUGAGCACGAGUUCCGACCGACGUGAAAUCCAAGAGAAUACGAUCACGCUUUACAUUAGCCUAUUGCGUCUUUCUGGCUUGGAGGAGUUGAUUCCUCUUUACUGUUCCAGGAUUCUCAACACAAGAGCUCUUCAAGUAUUAAGCACCAACCUCCUGCCAAUCACAGACAACGAGGCCCGCUUGUUGCAACUGAGUCUCAUCCGCAAGGCAGGACUGGAUGUGCUGCAAUUUGUCCACUACCAACCAGCAUCCCUGUUCCGAAGCCUGGGUCCUGAAGCCGGAAAGACCCGGAGGUUCCAGAUCGUGGACGCUGGACCGCCGUCUCUCAAGUAUGGGCGUUCGAUUCGGACGGACUUCUUUGGCGAAGAUCCUGAUACCAUUGAAUCUAUCGAUGAGCGCCUGAUCCGCUCGGUGGAGUGGCUGCUCCUGGUCGAUGAAGCUUGGCCUCAUGUGUUCCGCGUCGGUGUGGACAUCUACAAAUACUUUCUCAAAACCUUGCGAUUGAACGCUGCCAGAAGCUUCGCCAGCCGGGUACCCUUCAGCACUAUCAUGGCGCAUAGGGUGGAAUUUGCUGAACAGGACGCAAACGAUACUUGGUGGACCGAGGAUGCAGAAUUUUGGGCUGGCCAGAUCGAAGCUUCAGGUGCGAAGAGCCUCUCGCCGAGUCAACUGGGUAUGGAAGCACGGGCUUUCCGCGAUUUGGAAUGUCUUGUCAAGGCCUUGGAUACGAUGGAAACCAUUGCCUCAUUAACGGAGCUUUCAAAGGAGGACCCGUCCGUCAAGAGAGAUUUCUGGACUAAGGUCGGAAACGAGGUCAAGUCUGCCAAAGAGCAUGUGCGACCAUUGCUGAAACAAUGGCUGCGGGGUCAAGGUAGCUGGCUCCAAGCUCAAUCCUCUCGGGCAAACGCUGACUACAUUCCGAUAGAAGACGAAGAUCUGGAAGCGCUACGGGAUAUGUAUUUACCCGAGACACUCCUCGCUUAUGUUAGUACUCUUCACUUCGCUGGCACCACUCUGACAAGGGACAACUUCUUGGAGUGCAUGGAAUUAGCGGCCACCGUCGCUGAGAAGGAUUCCGACGUGGCCGACUGCUUCAUGAAGGCGGCCCGGAUGAAGGAACUGGUGGAAAGCUUCGCGGCGUGCAGCAAGGCACUAGCAAUCGCCUCGGGCGAGAAGAAAGCAGCUGGUUCGAGCAGCAAGAAGCUGCGCGAGAUGGGGUGGUCUCGAGAUCUCUGCGACGCCAUGGAUACCCCUCCGCCUGUUCUCCCUCCCAAGCCAGGCAGCCACGAGACCAGCCGCAUCGGCACACCGAUCACAUCCAACUCGCCCUGGCCCGGCGCCGGCGCUGGUCUCGAUGCAAAUGGUGCCGGUGUUAGCCGGGUGCACCCAGCUCAUCAGCCUGCUGGUUUGGAGUUCGCCCGACCAGAGCCUGUGCCUGAUCCGGGCGACCAAUGGCUUCCAAAGUUGUUGCAAGACAAGCCGAAGCAAGACCUUGCCGACAUAGCGACAAACCCAGAACUUCUCAACGCCCUUACUCACGCACCGAGCACAAUACAUCCCUCCCUCUCCUCCUCACACAAGGCCCUCCAGACAGCCUUGACCGACAACCUUGAGCUCGCUUCGCGGCUAAUCGAGCUUGAGACUCGAUUAGCACACCAAAGAUCUGCAACACAGGCGCAGCUCCUCUCCACACACGCCCUCGAACGUCAAUGGAGGCAAAAACAGUCUGAUAUGGACCAUGCGCUCGCGCCCUUCUCCCCCACGUCUAUGUAUCAGCGCCUAGGGCAAGGUGUACACGAGCAGGCCUCUGUGUGUCACGUCUUGGAGGAAAGCUUCAUAGAGGGUGAGGGGGACGGUGCAUAUGCGUCAGAGAGGGAAACGUUGGACUGGAUUAAGAGGUACAGAGAUGCCAAGGUCCUAUACAACCUUCGGCAAGAGCGAAAAGAGCGGUGGGACGAAGGUCGUGUCGGUGGCUGGAGAUGA